GAAAACAACGGCAUAAUGAAUUAAUUGUUCUCAUUGAGACACACCAUAAAACACCUAAACCACACAUUUUCUAACAUUUCCAAAACAAUCACAAUACUCAUCGUCGCCAAUUCCUCUACGUGCCGUUCUAGUCAUGAACAUUUUUAAAUGAGCCCUGAGGUUGAACCAGGAGCCCGCAUAAAAACUACGGUACUUCCUGGAAGUAAUCAAGAAUAAUAAUAGUAAUAUGGACUUAAAUUGGUGUGGAAGUGGGAGUGUAGGUCUCCCUUUAUAUCUCUGGAAGAUAUAAAAUAAAAGUAAAUAAGAUUAUUGAAACAAGCAUGGCUGUGGAGCACUAGUGAUUUUGGAGUCUGAACAUAAGUUGUCCUUCCCUGUUGCUGACUGAGGAUGAGCCAGCUGAAGUAUGCAUACCAGGAUAUUCAGCCAGUGGCCCUGUGCAUUCCUGAGGAGACCACCACUUCCAGGUUGUACUCCAGCACGGUAGAGGGGGUGGAAGGGCAGGUUUCCAGUCUGGUGGAGAUGUUCCUCGUGGAGGUCUACCGGUGUCGAGUCUGCCAGUUCACCAGCAGCCUGAAGAGCAAGAUCAGUUCCCAUGUGAUCGAGCGCCACGAGCUGGGCAGGACGUGCCUCCCAAUAAACUGCCUCGAGAAAGACGAAGGGGAUCGGCCGGUGGAAGAGGAGGAGAUGGGUCGGGGCUCCCCCUACUGUGUGGAGGAUGAACUGCAGUCCGAUAGCAAGGAGAGUGAAGACAACAUGGAUGUGAGCCUGGAGCGGAUGUCCUUCCUGCUGCCCAUGUAUGGGAUGUUGCACAAUGUUAGCCCUCAGUCAUGUGACAUGGGUCUCAGUACCAACAGUGAUGGCCUCCAUGUGGCACACAACUGUGAGGUGAGCACUCUCUUUGAGGAAGGGGAGGAGUCCGGUCAAUUCCGUCUGGAGGAUCAAACUUCCAUAGAGUCUGGCCCCCUGUCCUGUCCAAUGGACUCCACAGUUGGGUCCACUUGCGAGGACCAGGAUGAAGAGAUGGCUCAGUCAGCUCACCUCAUGUCUCUGGGCCUCUGCAGGAUCUCAAGCAUGAAAACCCACCCCUUGAUCUCUGAGCCAAGUAAGGCCCUGCAACAAGCACAGGAGCCUCCCGACGGCCCUGCCAAAAAGGAGGAAGUUUCCUCAUCGCUCCCAGGUUCCCUGAAGGGCCAAGACAGCCAGGACACUGAGAAGAAGACCUUUUUGUGUUCCCUUUGCAAUCUGGACUUUGCCUCCAAACACCUUCUUGAGGUGCACCUUAAAUGCCACGAUGGGGAGCAGGGCUUCAGGUGUCUGAAGUGUGACUUGUUUGUGUUGGAGUGGUCGUCUAUGGAGAAGCACCUGCAGGGGCAUGGGAAGGAACAGAGGUCCCACCGGUGUGGAGUCUGUCAGAAAACAUUCAGGAAGGCAAAGUCAAGGGACUCCCACCAGAGCAGGCACAGCAAAGCCCAGACGCCGACUCAGUGUGCUCUCUGUCCGGCGCUGUGCCCUUCGGAGCAAGAGAGGGAGCAGCACGCUGCCUGCCACUUCCAGGACACUUUUAAAUGUCUACACUGCAGCUUCACAGGUAGUGCCCUCAAAUCUCACUCAUCAGCCGGUCAUUGCCUAUGUAAUCUUAAGGCACACUUGAUGACACAUGGGAGCUCCCCUCGUAUUCUGCGCCACCUGUGCGGCGGGCUGUUCCGGAACUGGUCGGACACAGAACAGAACUGCAGUGAAAUUCCUCAGAAAAAGAAAAAAAGGAGGACGACGAAAAGGUUGCAGGCCCAAAACAGCAGAAAGAAUGUAUCUAAGACACACCAGGAGACAGCCAGAGAGAAAAAAAGAAUGAGGAAAGAGUUCUGCUGCUCUCUGUGUGACAGGAAGUUCUCCUCAAAACUGGCCUUGCGAAGACACAUGGGAAUCCACAGUGGGGUGAAGCCCUUUGAAUGUGAGGACUGUCAGUACAAGACCAGGUUGAAGGCUUCCCUCAUUCAACACAUGAGAAUCCACACAGGUGAGAAGCCGUUCAAAUGUAGCCAGUGUUCCUAUGCCUCCAUAGAUGCCAGCUCCUUGCGGAGACACUCCAGGAUACACACUCAGGAAAAACCUCACCAGUGCCAGCAUUGCCCCUACAGCUGCAUCCAGAAGAAGAGCCUGGAUCUUCAUGUGCGGAGGCAUCACACUGGAGAGGCCUUCUCCUGCCACCUCUGCCCCUACACCUCCCCAGACAAGCAGCUGAUUCACAGGCACAUCAAGAGGCAUCACUCCAGCUCCGCUGGCAGCACCUAGGCAGCUCCCCCACACUCCCCCCUGACCCUCACAUUUUCCCUUGCCAAGACGGACUUUAUUUUGUUCAUGAAUGUAUGGUACUAAAUGGGUCAGGCUGGCCGGUUCUUGGUAGGCCAAGCAUUUUGAAUGUAUAGACAAGACAGCUGAGCUUCAAACACAGUAAUACCUUUACACUUCCUUCCCCCCUAGGAGGUGAAAAUAACCCAUCCAUCUACCCAGCAUUAGAUGCUUUAUCAAAUUCGGUGUCACAGGAGCCGGAGCAUGGGAAUGGCAAGCAACAGGCACAAGGCAGGAUACACCACGUCAGGACAGCAGUCCAUGACAGGGCAUACACGGAUACAACCAUACACACUCACACCAGGGUCAGUCUUCCUGGAAGUAAAUUAAUCUACUGCACCAGUAUGUGGCUUUGGACAGUGGGAGGAUACUGGAGAACCCGGCAUGAACACGGGGAAAACAUACAAACUACAUGCAGAUAGCACCCCAGACCUGGAAUUGAACCCAGGGCCCCAGCAAAACGAGACAAUAAUGCUAACUACUGCUGCCUAAUAUAACUAUGUACUGUAAACUUGAGGAAAA